AUGCCACAGAUAACAAACUACAGAACCAUUGAUAUCGACAGCCUUGACCCGGAGUCGCCUGCCAAUUUCCCGAUUUCUUCUCUACUUCCUUCAAACCUACCGCCGCCAACAACGUCCAGCGCGGCAGCAAGCCUUGCAUCACAGAUCAGACAGUUGCUUCGAUCUGGGGACACAGAAGGAGCUUUACGCCAUGUUCUCGAUUCAGCUCCGCUAGGUGGCGAUGACAGGGCAAAGGAGGUUCAUCUUGCUUCGGUUGUGGAGGUUUUACAGGGUAUACGGCAGACGGAGAUGACAAAAGUGCUGGAAGCAGUAUGUAACGGUGAAGGAGGCGCUGAACGGGGGGAUUGUCUGAUGAAGUACCUGUACGUCGACAUAUACCUCCUCCAUAUGUCCCUCAUGCCUUUCCUUUUCAACUGCCUUCAGGCAGAGUAA